UUUAAAUCUCAUCAAGAAGCACCAUAGAAGAAGUGAUUGAAGAGAUUAUUGUUAAAUUGGUCCAAGAACUUUGGAAUCAGUUGGAACGGAUGUAGAUUUUUCAGUGUGUACUACUACGUAACAUUUGACCAUUUUUGAUUUCACUCACACCUUCCCUAUCGCAACAUGAGCAGUACAACACAGAGGAAAAGAAGGACUGGAGUCCCCUCAAGUUCCAGACGCACGGCCAAGAGUAGCAGAGUCACCACAACCAGUGUGCGACCUCCUGCUGCAGCAUCAGCAGCAGUCCCAGAGACCAUUGAUGUGCUGGAGAGCAGCAGGACUACUAGUGAGGAGGUGGUGGACUUGACAUGUGAAGGUUCUGAGUUGACUGUGGUUGACUUGACCAACAAUGAUUCUGUGGUGGUUGUCGAUGAAGGGCCUCAUGGCAGACGUGAAGCUGACAGUGAGAGUUACGUACUUAGCAGUGAUGAGGAGGAGGAUACUAAUGGAGGCCUCAGUGCCGACCUCCUGUCCUCUCUACAGGCCAGCAGUAGAGCCAGGUCUACUCCAGGGACAGUCAGCUGCCCAGUGUGUAUGGACGCCUAUGCUGAGAUCAUUGAAAGUGGGAGACUAGUAGUCUCCACAAAAUGUGGUCACCUGUUCUGCAGUCACUGCCUCCGUGACUCACUGUUGAGAUCCCACACUUGCCCAACCUGUAGAAAGAAACUGACCCAGAAGCAAUGCCACCCCAUAUACAUCUGACAUCAAACACCCAUAAGACUCACCCAUUGGUUUCACCCUCGCCAAACCUGCAAGACUUUUAAUCAUACCUUCUCAUCUCACUUCCCCCUACUGGACUUAAGAAUAAUUUUUACAUUUACAUACACAUCAUGUGUAUGUAAAUCUGACCGAUGCUUUUGUCUUUCUUCUGCAAUGAAAGAAGCAGGAGCAUAGGGACGCACUCUUAUGCCAGCACACAUUCACUUAGAUUUUUGCAAUUUUCUUCCACUGAUUUUCCUACUGCUCUCCAUUCAUUUCAUAGUGAACAGAUCAUUCUAAAGCUGCAUCCCCAGUAACCACAACCAAGAAAAGAACUAAGCUCAGAAUCUUUUUUUUUUUUUUUUUUGCUCUUAAGAAGCCACAUGUGAUGUUGUAUUGGUAGCAAUCACACGUGACUGGCACUCAAUUGCAAUGAGAACUCGAAAGUAGAAAUGUCGAUUUUUAUUGCUGCUGCGUAGGUGGAUGUCUGAAUGAUGGGUGUUGCUUGAAUUUGGUCAUCACCAUUGUAAAUAUUGUUGUAUGUUUUGUAUAUAUGGUUGAAUGACAAGUUAAGGUGCGCCUAAUCUGUAAGCUUCAAUAAAACACAUUUAUGAUUGUAAA